AUGGGGCGUCCAUCCACUCCACCCCGAUCGACAAAGCCUGCACCGGCCGUCUCGCCGCCCACGCCUGAAGUCACAAAGCGAAUAGAAGAAAGCCGACUCCGUGCAAAGGCGAUCCGAGACCAGCGAGAGGCAGAACUGCGAGCAUCCGGCAAUGCGCCCGAAAUACCGAAAAGCUCUGGUGGCUUCGUUCCAACAGAGGAUGUCCACAUUUCGAAAACUGCCAACGGAAAACGGCCAUACAGCUCGAUAUCAGCGGGCGAUUCUUCUAAGGGAACGAAUCGCGAUGGACGGAACAAGGGCGACGAGGAGGCGUUACGGCCAGCACGCAAGUUCACCAAGUUUGUCGAUUACAACAUGAGCGCCAUGACGGACACGAAAGGUGGUUUCUUGACGACCGAAGACGACCCUCACAAUUAUGCCCUUGGUGGCAAGAAGCCAGGGCAGGCAGAUGACGAGCAACGGCCGAAGCACAUGAGCGUUCAAGAAUGGGAGAGGCUACAGGUAAUUCGCAACCUAAAGAGGCUCAAGGCAGGGCCUUUUGAGCCCGGAUUGAGCGUUCUUGAUGACGAGGAGAAACGAAAGAGGUGCCAGGAUUGCAAGAGCUUGGAGAUUGACUUUGUGUGGGAAGAGGUGUUUCACAUCUGCGUCUGCAACAAGUGCAAGGAAAAGUAUCCAGAAAAGUACUCGUUGUUGACGAAGACGGAGUGCAAGGAGGACUAUCUUCUUACAGAUCCCGAGCUACGAGAUCCCGAAUUACUACCUCAUCUUUCCAAGCCAAACCCCCACAAGUCACAUUGGCACGACAUGAUGCUCUUCCUCCGGUGUCAAGUAGAAGAGUACGCUAUCAAAACCAAAUGGGGUUCCGCAGAGGCCUUAGAUGCCGAGUAUGAGCGGCGUGAGACGCAAAAGAAGGCCCGCAAGGAGGCCAAGUUCAAGGAGAAGCUGAUGGAUCUCAAGCGCAAGACGCGGACAGAUGCGUUCCGCAGACAGGCUGGCACACUGAGCAAGUCAGGGGCGAGCAAGUUUGGAGAUGCGAUAGGGGGUGGCAAGCAUGUUCACGAGUGGGGGAGAACGGUGGAGAAUGAGGAUGGGAUGACGGUCAAGACGUGUGUUGAAUGUGGAAUGGAGGUGGAAGAGUUGGAGUUUUAG